AUGGAGGAAGAAACGCUUAUUGAAAAUGAAAAUGGUACUGAUAAUUUAUAUCCAGCUCUAUUCCAAUGCUUCACAAUAAUUUUAUGCGGAUAUAUUGCUGGUCGUCUUAACGUCGUAUCAGCAAGCGAGUCCAAAGGUAUUGCCACAUUUGUGGGUACUUUUGCUCUACCAUCUCUUAUAUUUUUAUCAUUAGCUCAGGUGGACUUUACCACUGUAAACUGGACGUUCCUUAUUGCAAUACUAUUUGCUAAAGGAAUUGUUUUCUUUGGCGUUAUGAUAAUAACAAUGCUUGUAUCGAAACCCCUGAACUUAGGAAGAGCUGGAAUAUUCGCAAUAUUCUGUACACAAAGCAAUGAUUUUGCUUUAGGAUAUCCUAUAAUUAGUGCAUUAUAUCAAAACACUCAUCCGGAAUACGCUCUAUACCUAUACUUGAUGGCUCCAAUCUCUCUCGCUAUAUUGAACCCAAUUGCUUUUGUUCUAAUGGAGAUUAAUAAACAAAAAGAACAGACUCAAAUUGUGGUGGAAGGUGAACCAAUAUCCAAUUUCUGUAAAUUGAGACUUGUAAAGCAAAUAGUGAAAGGUAUAGCCUUUAAUCCUGUCCUAGCAAUGACUGUCCUAGGCAUCCUUGGUAAUGUUUCAUUUAAACACAAAAUUUCUAUUUACAUAGAAGGACUUUUACAGGUGUUUGGUCAGUCUUUUGCAGCGAGUGCUCUAUUUUUAUUGGGACUUCGUAUGGUAGGACAAAUACAUAGAUUAAAAGGUCCUGCGCUUCUUCUACCCUGUGUACUCAUCAUGGUAAAACUAAUAGUAUUACCAGUAGUGAUGAGAGAAAGCGUCAGUGCUUUAAAUGCUGGUGCAAACGAAUCUGAAACUGUGUCCCUUUCUACUUACGCAUUCCUGUACGGUACUAUACCGACUGCGCCUGCGGUAUUCGUGUUUUCCAAUAUAUACCAGUUGGAAAUGGAUUUGAUGGCCUCUUCUAUGGUAAUCUGUACAUUCUUGUCUGCCCCGAUCAUGUUUAUGUCAGCACAAAUGAUAUCUAUUAACAAGGACUACGCUGUUCAACUAAAAAGGUAUGGAUUCGAUCUGUCAAUAGUGGCCCUGGUCGCAAGUGUCUGGAUACUCUUCGUGUUCACCGUAACUAAGAAAUUUAAGAGGAUGCCACAUGCAUUGACGCUGUGUUUAAUUUCUACUCAGUUACUUCUGGCAAUAAGCGUGGUCUGGGGUGGAUCUGAAAUGAAUGCGGUUACACCAUCUUGGAGUGUUAUAGCCCAGCAAGGACUGAGAAUAUUCAGUAUGUACUCUUGUUUACUGUGGACGUCUAUGCUCUCAGUCGGUAUUCUAAUGCUACAGAGCCGUGGUCCAUGUUUCGUAAUGACCUUGUGGCCAGUGCUGGGAUUCGUGGCGUGGGGCGCCCCAGCCGUAAUGAUUGUAAUUCUAUUCGCUACAAAGGGUGCCGGUGACUUAGAGAGCAAAGCAACUGAUGCCAUACGAUUUUGUCUUCUAGUCUUUUGUCUUACUGUGACGUCAGGAUGUCUGAUAUUAUACAUAAGAUUCCGACGUCGAAGUGCUCAAUACGCAUCUCUAUCUGCCGAAAUUGCAACAACCUCCAGCCCCCAAGAAGAGUCUACUAGUCUGAUAGACAAUGCUGAGCCUGUCUCACAGACUGAAUCAUCUGCAGUUAAUGGUUGUUACGGUACAAUAACAGCAACUCCAUCGCCCAGCAAGCAAGGUGGAUGUUGUUCAAAUGAUCCAAAUUGCCAGAACGGAUUAGUAAACACCAAAGACAUCGAAGACUUGGAGAGUGCCAUUAAGGAUUGCGCUUGCCCGCCGUCACAGAAACAUCGUUGCACAGUCCCGGGAGCUUGCCAGUAUCUGAACGAGCUGGAGCGUGCGGCUGGCACACUGGGCAUGUUGCCACCGGAGCAAAGUCAUGGCCGUGGCGGACAGCUACUGAAACACACUGUACUUAUUAUUGUGUACAGUUUAAGCAUGUUUAUUGGUAUCGCUGAAACGACAUGGAGCAUGGUGUUAAAGGACCAGAGCGGUGUUUAUUUAGGCAUCCAGUUCUUGGACAUUACGGCCAACUAUGGACAGGCCUUAGUCAUGUUCAUACUCUUCGGCCUCGAUCCUGAAGAAAUAUUGAUACCUGCUGUGAAAUUUUUGAAGACCAAAUGGUAUGGAGGAGACGCUGUUGUAUUGCCACCAAUCGAAGACCUUAGUUUUGAAACUAAACAUGUUUGCGAUCAGUUUAUUACCCAUCACCUGGAACGCUGUAGGGAAGCUAUUGCUAAGGAUACAAGAUGGCGUAUGCGCACUUAUCGGUGUGUCUUCCGAGGGUCAUGUCUCGUGCGUUGGCUUAUAAACUGUGGUUUAGCAAAGGACGAGUUUGAAGCCGUGCAAUACGGACGACAUUUGCUUGACGGGCGACUUAUAGCACAUGUUAACAAUGCCCACCACUUCUCGGAUUCACCUCUGCUUUAUACGUUUAAAUAA